AUGGCCUCUUCCUAUACUUGCACUCUCUUCAUCCUCAACUUCAUACUUCUCUCACUCUCAACAAUUUCCUCACUCGAGGACGACUUCGUCGAAACCUUAGUUGCGACGCGUACGGAGAAAACCAGCCACCUUCACUUCUACUUCCAGGACCGGCCAGGCGGGAGGAAUCCGACCGCCGUGCAAAUCAUCGCCGGCAAAGGGUUGGGGUUCGGAGCUACAUACAUGAUCGACGAUGCACUCACCCGAAGCGCGGAUCGCGGCUCGGAGAUCAUCGGCCGGGCGCAGGGGAUGUACUCGGUGGCGACUCAGAAUGAUCUGGGGCUGCUGAUGGUGGUGAACUUCUGCUUCACGCAAGGGAAGUACAAUGGGAGCAGUUUGAGCAUGCUCGGGCGGAACCACGUGAUGGACAACGUGAGAGAGAUGCCGAUCGUAGGCGGGAGCGGGCUGUUUAGGUUUGCAAGAGGGUAUGCUUUGGCACAUACCGUUUGGUUUGAUGCCAAGACAGGAGAUGCUACUGUCCAAUACAAUGUCUCUGUCAAUCACUUUUGAAAGGAUCUGCUUCUGCUAAUGUUGGGUUGUUUUCUUUAGCUUUUUUAUAAUAUUGAAAUGAAAUGAGGAGAAUAAAUUUUCUUGCUUUA